GAGAGGGAGUGAGUAAUGUUUCUUUUCCUGCAGGUACAGUCACCAAGUAGCAAUUCGGGUCAGCAGCGUCAGCAGUUCCGAGGGAAGGGACAACGCGGGAAGAAUGGAAGUGCUGGUGUUACACUCCAUAGAGGCGUCCCCAGCAAGCAGCCCCCAGCACGCCCUCGCAGGGUAACAUGGGCCCCGAGUCCUGCGAAGGGGCGUAGUGCCCACCCGCGGGAGCACCCCAGGAAACCACCACCACCUAAGGACGCCCCUGUACCACCCAAGAGGCACCCCAGCACUGUAGACGCCCUUGAGAAACCCAUCUCUUCCACCACUUCCUCUUCCUCCUCCUCGGACUCGUCUGACUCCUCCCCUACCAGUGGCACUCCCCAGGGUGAUAUACAUCGCGAGGUUCCUGAAGGAGGCGCUGAAGGGGCUGUGCUGGGACGGGAGGAACUGGCGGCCAUAGGGGACUGGAUGACGGAGACGCGGCAGGAGCUCAGAAGGAUGCGUGAAGGAGAUUACAUUGGGUCCUACAAACCACCGUCAUUAAGUAGUGUCCUGAAGGAUUUGGCGGCUGGAACUUUGGACGAGGACAAGUUUCUCAUCUCAAGGAGGGUUCAGCGCUACUUCAGGGAGGCUGUACGGCGGGCCGGGGAGAAGCGAGGAAAAGAGGAGAAAGAAGCGCCACCAUCCUCCUCAAGCAGAACAAGACCUCCACACCCCGACCCUACCCGAGCAGCGCCCCCCUCACGCCCACAGCAACCGACUCAGCCUUCUCGACCACCACCACCUCAUUCUAGUCACCCGAAGCAACCCUCUGACCAUCCUCGACCACAGCGACCAAGUUCUCGUCCUCCCUCACGCCCACAAGCCCCAAAACAACCUCCUCCACGUCCACAAGUUCCAAGACAGCCUCCUCCACGCCCACAAGCCCCAGGACAGCCUGCUUCACGCCCACAAAUUCCCAGGCACCCUUCCCCACCUCGUUCAAAACCCCAGGCGUCAUCCCAUCCCUCUACGCAUCCUCAGAAGCAUCCCCCAUCUCGUCCACCUCUUUAUCCACACACUCAGCCGUCCUCUCAUCGGUCUCACCCUCAUCCAUCCUCUCAACCCACACCUCAUCCAUCUACCAUGCCUCAGAUUCACCCCACUACCCCGCCAGCCUCCAGACCGCAUCCUGACGAAGCCCCACAACCCACAAGUCAAUCACAAUAUCAGCCCAGCGCCCCCUCCUUCCCCGCCUAUCGCCCGCCACCAUUGUUCUUCCAGUUCCCCGGCGUGGCGAAAGAGAGGAGUCACAGCGAGCACAUAACGAACAGAAAACGGGAUGAAAAGAGGAUGCAGGAAGGUGAGGGACGCGGAGGGAUGCAGAGCCGCGAUACUCAAAUGGGUACAGCCGAAGUAGUCCCUCCGCGGCGCCAGGAAAGGACCACGAAAGACCCCAGGCCAAGUCUCCAGGUAUCCACGCAAGCCUCUGUGGAUAUACCUCGAGGGAACACAGUUGAGAACCUCCCGGGGAUCUCCAUUGACCCUGUAGGAGACCAGAUCACGCGAAGCCAGCGGAGGAAUGUGGUGAUUCAAAUAACGCAUCGAAGCAGUGGUGAAUCCUCGCCUGAGAGUAAUCGUGAAGGAGUGGCGGGACUUGGUGAUAGUGAUGCUGGUAGAGAUGGUGGCGGUGAUGGUGGUAGUGAGAGCAUUGCUGGGAGUUUGGGUGGUGAAGAUGAUGUAAGAGGAGAAAGCCAAAUAAGAGAAGAUGGUGAGGAGCAAAUACCUGCACAACAACCAUCACCACCACCACCACCACCACCAGCCAAACCCGAUGAAGCCUUACCAGCUGCCGGAGAAGAAGGCAGCCACACUCACCGCAGCAUCCCACAAGACCCAGAACAGAACAACCCAACACCUGUGCCUGACGGGAAGAAGGAGGCAAACCAGCGCCCCCACAGCAGGAGUGAGUCACGGCACAACGCAGCAAGAAGGGCUGAAGGAGACGGUGACGACGAGAGACUGCCUGGUUACUUCCCGGACGUGGUGUGGAAGGAAGUAACGGUCGAGGAUCAGCUGGAGGAGGAUGCGGGCGGCGAUGGGCAGGCUGGGCACUUCCUGCGGGAGGCCGAGGAGAGACUGCGGCUACAUGACCUUCGGCAGCGCAUCCUGGAUAAGCUGGUAGGUCGGCUGCAGGGGAUGAUCCGCAGUGGUACAGGUCCUGCAGGUACCGUGGCCGCGGGGUCUGGUGAGCACGCAGCAGCAGAAGGUCAACUGCACAGCGAUGAGGCGGAGGAAGAGGAGGAGAAGCAGGAGGAGAAGGAGCAGGACGUGGAUUCUCAGUGGGUGCUGCAGGCGACGAGGGAGGUGUUGACGGAGCUGGUGCACGAGAGGUUGGCCGCCGCCCGGAGAGAGGUUCGGAACAGUCAGGCCGAAGCUUCGAAUUCCGAGAUAGAACAAGCAUCACCUCCCACAAUGCCCAGCGGGGGUGAGGAAAGCGUAUCAUCCCCUCCACCCUCCCCCUCCCCUGCCUCACCCGCCAAAUCCCCUCCCAUGCAACCCUCUCCCAUACAUCCCUCACCUAUACAUUCCCCACCUAUACAUCCCCCACCCAUACAUUCCCCUCCCAUACAUCCCUCUCCUGCACCCACACCACCUCCCCGCUCUCCACCACCAAGAACCCCGCCCCCUUCACCCCCACGGAGGCAGGACACCCCACCCAAGUCUCCCCUCACCCCACAACUGUCAAUAGAAGAUAAGGAAGAGCAGAGAGAACCCGUCCCUACCCCUCCUGCCUCUCCCCCUGCCUCCCCUCCCCCAGCACCCCUGAUCCCACAGACACCACCACGAAGCCCAACGCCCCCCCAGCCCAAGCCUCAGAAGAUCCCAAGUCCGCAAGGCACCCCACAACAGUCCCCUAGCUAUGUUAAGAUCCCAGUGCAACCUGUCAGCCCUCCUUCACCCCCUUCGGCAGCGUCUCCGUCAGAAGGUGUGGGUCUUGUAGUGCCCGUGAAGACUCCCUCGCCGUCUGACGCCCCCCAAAGACCUAAAGGGUCCCCUGCAGGAGAUUACGUCACACUAGUUACUCAGGGCACUCAAGCGGACUAUAUUGCGAGGGGACCAGUGGGUGUGGGUGUGGGUGACGAGGGCGUAGGUGUGGGUGAAGAGGACAUGGGUAGUGAGGAUGCCCGAAGCGUCACGUCACUUGAAACACCCUCCGUCGUGUGUCACUCAUCGCUGGACGUGACUGCCUCGUCGUUAGCUGAGGCUCCAGACAUCACCUCUCAGUGUGUAUCCGAAGGGGAGCUGCUGGUGUCGUCAGGAGGGGAGCCAGGCGAGUGUCCCCCUGCCCAGCAUCUCCCCUCUCUGGUGUGUGGCGCGUCCUGCAUCUCGUCCUCGUCACUUUGCCAGUCUUGUGAACGGGAGCAGAGGUCGGAUGGAGAAAUAGAGGAGAGUGAGGGAAUGAUUGAGGAGGAGGAGGAGGAGGAGGAGGAGGGGGAGGUGACGGAGGAAAGUAGAGAACAAGACGUACAAACAAGUGAGGAAGGAAGAGUCCACUCACACACUCAAAGUCCUGGCUUGUCUGUGGUAGUGGAUGAAAGCUUCUCCAGCGGUGAGGCAGUGGUAAGGUCCGAUGCGGUGGGUAUGGCGGGUGUGGCGGGGCGAGACCCAGCCAUCAUUGCCCUUCAGCGCCGGAACGAGGAGUUGAUGAAGAGACUAGGGCAAUUUGGGUCCUUCUCCUUUCUCCUGAAGUCCAGUUCGCUGCAGCAGGAGUCCUCUUCCUCCACCGCCUCCUCUCCGUUUUCUCCCUCGUGAUUUAUCGCGAAGUUGAUGUUUAGUUUGUAUACGUAAUGGUGUUUUGUCUUCCUCGCGUGCCUUGUCUUGCACUUUUUUUAUUCGCAUUGAAAGUAGAGUUUAUAUUUUCUAUUUUCGGUUUUAUCGCAAAUCAAUGCACGUAGUUAUAAUAGUCAUGAAGUUUUAAGUCUCACUAUUCGAAGUGUUUUUAAUCAGUAAAUAGUUGUAAUGUGUUUUUAACUACUGGUUCUUCCGUGCCUUCCUUAUCGUCGGUUGAUGUCCUUGGGAAAUUAGGAUAAGGGGUUUCUUCUACUAUAUUUAAUGUGGUCCGUCCUGUCUCUCACUCUAUCUGUUCUUUAUUUUUCUUGUUACUGAGUUUAGGUCGUCUCUCUAAGGGUUGUGUGGUGUUUACUUUAACUGUGUCGCGCCGGUAAUUCCGUCGUUUAGCCUUAGAACGAAACUACACACGAUAGUUUUAAUUCAUGCUAUGCUAGCAUACCGAAAUAUUUGAAAUAUUAGCUUGUAUUUUAAAGAUUCUAUAUAUUUGAAAGCCUUUAGCGACACGGCAAAAUGAGUUCAUAAUGUGUCCACUAAAGUUAAGUGUUUUUAGGAUAGAAUAACAGUGUAGUUCUCUUAUUGAGUCACUGACCGUCAGAAUUAAAGACAUGCAGCAUUUAGAGAAA